UCCUAUUGCGACCCCUAUUCAGGCAUAUGAUUAGCCAGUUGCGGGGCCUUCGGUCUUUUCCACAUCCCUGAGAGAGGCAACUGCCGAUAUGAACGACACCGUGACAGUUCGGACCAGGAAGUUUAUGACGAACCGUUUGCUUCAGAGGAAGCAAAUGGUUGUCGAUGUCCUGCACCCUGGCAAGUCGACGGUCCCAAAGACUGAGAUCAGGGAGAAGCUCGCCAAAAUGUACAAAACCACCCCGGAUGUGGUGUUUGCUUUUGGCUUCAGGACUCAGUUUGGUGGCGGCAAAACAACCGGCUUCGCGAUGGUGUACGACUCUUUAGAUUACGCCAAGAAGAAUGAGCCCAAACAUAGGCUGGGCAGGCACGGCCUGUUUGAAAAGAAAAAGUCCUCCAGGAAACAGCGUAAGGAACGUAAGAACAGAAUGAAGAAAGUCCGUGGAGUGGCCAAAGCCAAUGUUGGCGCUUCUGGCAAAAAGAAAUGAAGUCUCAGUCACAGGUAUUAAAGAAAGGAGCAGGGGGUUUGGGUCGUUGUUCAUCUUGCCUCACACUGCGUCUGACCCAGUUGGGGAGAGCUUUGCUUGCCUUUUGCCAUCACCAUACCCUUCCGAUGCUGUUUGUUUCUCUGCUGCAGUGUCUGUGUGAUGGUUUAGUGACUUCAGUCCGAGGCUACCCGACUGUUCCUGGAGACCUGCCAUCCUGUGCAUUUAAACCCUAACAUUGCACACCUGAUUCUAUUCAUUAGUAGCUCUAAGAUCUCUAGCUGCUGAAUGAGGUAUGCGUUGUUAGGGUUGCAGUGAAAACCUACAGCACCGUAGAUGUCCAGGAACAGGGUCGGGCUGCUAGUUCGCAUUAUGAAUCUGUACACAGUUCUGCAGCAGAUAAAACACAAUGUGUACACAGUUGUGCUGCAUUAAAAUGAACUUAGCUCAUCUGUGUGUUCUGAGAUUUUCACUUGUUCUUUUGAAUGGAUGUUAAUAUAAUGUGCAACCUCACAAAUGACCGAUUUGCUCUUAACUGUUGUUGAACGUCAAGCGAAAUGGUUUUGAGUUUUCAACACAGUAUUCUUCAGGGCACAGUAAUCUUUUUUGGGGAAAUAAUGAUAUUCUAAUGGCGGGUUUGUACUACAUGAAGGGUGAAUAUGCCUGCAUAUUUUUAUUUACCUUGCUUUAAGGGCUGAUAUCUUUUACAGAUGCCUGCUAAAAAUGUCCAGUAUGGCUCAUUGGUCCAAAUAAUGUAAUUACAUUUUGGGUGCAUAGGUUUAUUUAAUAUGAAGGCAGCUUUCAAGUAUCCUUGGAAAAGCUUACUUUACUUCAUGAUCAUUUUAGGAAAUUUUUACUUGUACAGUUCAAUUGCUGUAUUGUCUUAGUCUGAAGAAGCUAUUUGACUGACCAAACUCUGUUGAGCAUAAUAGUUUUCAUUUGCUAAUAGGAGUACCUUAAGCAGGUCUAUUUAGUAUGCGGCAUUUCACCUGCAGGCUGAUGGGAAAUGAAGUCCAGAGCUUAUAUGAAAUUACUGUUCAACAUGUGAUUAUGAACUUCAUCUCCCAUUUGCAUUUAGAUUGCUAGUUGUUGAACUGCAAAAUCCACCUUUUCCUCUGCUGGUGAUUCUUUUUUUUUUUUUUUGCUUACCUGAUCACACAAGUAUGGAUUAAAACCAAGGCAUUUUUGGCUUUUCUAAUUCUGUGUUUCUUGUCAUUUUCUUGCAGUAAACCCGGAUCUUCCAGGAAUGCCGUCGACUAUGUUCUUAUGUAUCUUGAAUAAAAAAAAAGAAAAAAAAAAGAAA